CCCGUUUUUGAAGAGGAAACUACAUAAAGUUAAACAACAACCCACACUUUCAAUUAUGAUUCCUACAAGAGAGCAGUGAGUGUUAUUGUAUCAUUUAAAACAGACCAGAAUAGUGUUUAGUAACUAAAAAAAGUGCGUGUUUCAGUGCGUUGAGUAAAAUCCGAGCGACAUUAUGAAAGAAACUCUUGUAGCUGCGAUUGCACUUUUUGUAAUUUUGAACGUUUCUAUAAAUAUUAAGUUUACAAACAGUCUGCGGCCUUCGGGCUUCUACAGUGAUAACGAGAAUGAUCAGACUGAAAUUGAUUGGUCGAUGACUAAAGAAGAAAAACAAGCAAUGGAAAUGGAACUCCUGAAUCUUUUGGGUUUACCAUAUAGACCUAAAAAAAUUAACGAGUCCCAUAUAAAAAAAGCCGCGCCAAGAUUCAUGAUGGACAUUUAUAAAGCACUGAUGGAAAAGGAAAAUGAGGAUGAAAACGACGAUAACCACAGGAAAAAACGUAGUAGCGAUUUAGAUUUGAAUUUGAGCGAAAAAAAUGCCAUCGACGAGAGCGAUGUUAUCAUGACUAUUGAAUCAGUUGAGCAUCAUCUGAAUGAGGUUCGACAUGAAAGAGGUAAAAGGUUAUGGUUUAACGUAUCUGAUGUGCCAAUUGCGGAAAAUAUUGUUGGUGCUGAACUACGUCUUUAUAAGAAGGAAAAUCACAAACGAAAGAAAUCCAAGGCACUUUUCACUAUCACGGUGUAUCAGCUCAUCACGAUUAACGAUGGGGAGAGAGACUUAGAGUACGUUUCUGCCAUAAACACCACGGCUGGUUUCACGGGAUGGCUGAGUCUCAACGUGACUAACUGCCUGGCGAAUUGGGUGGCCUUUCCCAAUUCCAACAAGGGCCUCUAUCUGUCGGUACAUCAAGUAGACAAACCAGAUCAUGAGGUAAGACCAGAAGAUAUAGGGUUAGUUACUGCUAGAAGUGAAGAUGAGACGCAUCCAUUCAUGGUGGCAUUCAUGAAAGCAACAAAUCGUGUCAAAGCCAGAAGAAGUACGAGGGAAAUAAAAAAAACUACUGAAAAAAAAGCUAAUUAUACAACGAUUAUGAAACGGGCAGUUCAGGAUAAUGUACCUCAUGAAACUCCGACAAGUUGUAAAAUAAGGACCUUGUACAUAAGCUUCAAAGAUAUUAAAUGGAAGGAUUGGAUAAUAGCUCCUGAUGGAUAUGCUGCAUAUUAUUGUGCAGGAGAGUGCAAUUUUCCCCUUAAUGCUCAUAUGAAUGCCACGAACCACGCGAUAGUUCAAACUUUAGUUCAUUUAAUGACUCCUACCAAGUAUCCAAAACCAUGUUGUGCACCGACCAAAUUAACUCCCGUUUCAGUUUUAUAUUUCUUGGACGAUACCAAUGUAGUAUUGAAAAAGUUCAAAAAGAUGGUGGUUAAAAGUUGUGGAUGUCAUUGAUUUGAAAAAUAUAUAAUCAGUUAAUUACAUUACACUUGAAGAAAUUCUUAAAUCAAUCAAAUGAUAAAAGAUCGACUGAAAAUAAAAUUGUAAAUAAAUCAAA